GCUGUCCAAUAGAGACCCUCAGUGCUAGUACGGCUUGCAGCUUAAGCGCCUCCGCGGUCUGAGGAAUGUCAACUAUUCAACAUGGAGGCGGAGGUCGAUAAGCUGGAGCUGAUGGAGCCACUCCCGGCACAGACGCCGUCUCCUGCAUUUCCACCUUUCUCCCCGGAAUGUGGCUGGAACGGUCGUUAAGAGCUCCGCGGAGGAGGAGAGAGCUCCUUCACGUCUCCCCACCAGGGGCGAUGGAGGAUGAGUUCCAGAAAGCUGAUUCUGAUUUGGAUUACAUUCAAUAUAGGCUGGAAUAUGAAAUCAAGACCAAUCACCCAGAUUCAGCAGGAGAGAAAAAUGCAGUUGCAAUUUUAAAGGAAUUAUCAGCAAUAAAGUCUCGGUAUCAAGCUUUGUGUGCACGCUUUAAGCCACUUUCUAUUGAACAAAAAGAGAACAAGAGCCGCAUUUGUGCUACUCUGAGCAAGACAAUGACCACGAUACAAGAACUACAAAAACAGACAGAUCUGGAGCUAACUCAACUGACUGAAGAAGAGAAAGCGGUGACAGAGCAGUUAAAAUCUCACAUGCCGGACCUAUAAAGACAUGGAAUUUUAAAAAGGAACUCUAAUGGAGGAAAGAUCAAUUCCAAAGAGAUUCAGCAUGAUGUCGUAUUGAUGUCAUUAAUCCAUCAAGGAGUUGGAAGCUGAUAAGAAGAUUGAGAUUUUCCUUGAUCAUGAUGCUUUUAAUAUGAGAGGAAAUUGUAAGAAGGGUAUAUAUCAUAUAACUAAAAGCCAAGAAGGAUGAAAUGAAAAUAAAGAAAUUUAAAUACAAGAUAA